AAAAAAAAAAUUCAAGUAGCACCAAAAAUCAAUGAAAAUGUAUGCCGUAUAUUAAACUAGUAAAUUAGACGGAGAACCUGUUUUCAUUCCCUAACAUUCUCUACUAACCGAUCAAAACACAUACGAAUCCCCCUUGGUGAAUUCAUUCUCCAUGCCUUCAUUUUCUGGACAUGAAUUCCAUCAGAUUUUGAAGUGUUGAUAUUUGCUCCAAUGCCGUCGUUAGCGUCAAGUUCAAGAGCCGUCAGGCAGUUGUUUACGUUCAAGAAUGGCGGUAGACAGCUAAUCAAAUGUCCAAGAAACAAACCUAAACCGGCAAGUUAUGUUCAGAAUCGGUUCUUUAGAAGCAUUGCACAUGUUGAACCUUGUUCCCCUUCAUUUCAACCAGUUGCUGGUAGUCACGAGGUCGAUUCCGUGUGUUUGCAAAAUACACAUUUAAGUAGUUUUGUUCAAAGGAGAGGCUUUCUCGGUUGUGGUGAUGGAGAUCAAGGGAGUACAGGCGUAUCGAAAGUUCACGAGGAGAAGCAUAUUUUGGGGUAUUCCCCAGAACAGAUGUAUGCAGUGGUUGCCGCUGUUGACAUGUAUCAGGAUUUUCUUCCUUGGUGUAGACGAUCAGAUAUUGUUAAACGUCAUGGCGAUGGUUCUUUUGAUGCUGAGCUGGAAAUCGGUUUUAAAUUUCUUGUUGAAAGCUAUGUAUCUCAUGUUAAAUUGAUCAAACCCAAAUCAAUAAAGACAACUUCAUCACAAAGUAACCUUUUCGACCAUUUAAUAAACAUCUGGGAGUUCCAUCCGGGACCCGCUCCAGGGACGUGUGACCUCCGUUUUCUUGUGGAUUUCAAGUUCCGGUCACCAUUUUAUUCACAGAUGGCAUCGGUGUUCUUUAAGGAGGUGUCUUCUCGACUGGUUGGUUCAUUCUGUGACCGUUGUCGUUUGAUUUAUGGGCCUGGGGUUCCGGUCAUUGAACAAAGGAGAUGAACCAUGACCCUGUGAAUAUAUCUGCUAAUUAAUGUUUUUCAUUAUACUGCUUUGUCUUGUUAGUUUGUGUAAAUAUUGCAGUUUGUUUUCCUGUCAUACAACAGGAUUAGAAUGUAUGGUCACAUUUCUAA